GAGAUGUGUCCAGAGUGGAGACAUUACCCCUGGAGGGUAAUCCAAGGGACCUCGUGUGCACUGGGAUGUAUGGAUUGAGAUGUUUGUGAUCACCCACUGUACAAACAUAUUUGAAGCACCUACUUACUGUAUGAGGGUGAAUUCAUAAUUCUGAGGGCAGACAGGACUUCUAGGCGAUGGACUUGGAUUCCUCUCCAGGUAUCAGUGUCCCCCUAGAGGUCUUUUGGAUGGGGACCUGGGACUCUACAGGUGACGUCCUUCCUGGUCUCCUCCAGGUAUGCAUACUUCUACCCUGAUUGUGAAGAGGAUGAAGAAGUUAUGGACACCAUCUCCACCUUCCUGGAUAUACGGAUUGAGAAGUUCCCUGAGGAUUUUUGCCAGGCAUCAGACCUGUCCAUUCUGAAACAAGUGAAGAACUACUUGAUUGUCAACAUUCCCCAUUCAGAUGUUCUCAACCGUUUCAAUGAACUCCUGACCCAGCUGCAGACAGAGGUGGCCAGUGACUCAGAGGCCAGCACUGAGGAAGCCUCAGAUAUGCCUGCAUCAGCAGCACAUCCGUAGAUCUGGGGAGCCGCACAUGCACAGAUCUGGAGCUUGAGGUCUGUUAACCAACAACGAAGACAGCUACACCAGAGCUGGAGACCACAACAACCAGCAGAAGUUUCUGUGACUCCUGUGAGAUGUGGCAGCAGCAGUUGGGUCACCACGCGGGUUAGCAGCUAUGGAUACUGAGUGUCAGCAUGUCAGCAGAUGCUGCAGCUUUUGCACAUCUGACUUUGCUGCAGUGCGUCUACCUCCCCAGGGAACGGCCCUGCCACCCGUUUCCCUUCUGCUGAACCAUCAGCACGUGCUCUGCAGACAGCACCAGUUCUGUGUUCCCCACAGAAUCCCUCCCGGAUUUGAACCCCCAGCCUUCUCAGCCCCACAGCCAGCCUCCCCAUCCCGAGUAACUGUUUUUAUUGUUCUAGUUAUUUUCGAUAUUGUAUUAGUUUAAGCAUUGGUUUUAAUAAAUUGUUCGUUUGUUUUUCA